AUGUUAGGUCCUCUGAUUCAGAGAAGAAGAGCCCUACUGAAGCUGAAAAGGCUCACAGUGAUAAGCGUCUCAGGAAUUGCUCGUGAAAGAAGGAGUAGGAAGAAGGCUGAUGUUGUUAUCAAUAUUGAUUACCUAAAAUCUUAUGAGGAAUCCAUUACUAAACAAUUGGAUCUUGGAAUAGCCAAGAGACUUCAUAAAAGAAAAGGAAAUGUUGUGAUGGUUGGAUCUACUAGUGUUGCUGCUGAUAGUGGUGAAUCCGCGGGUGAUGAAUCUGAAGGUGCUGGUGUUGCUAAAAAGAGUGCAUCUGAAUGUGAUGAUAUUGCUGAAAAGAGUGCAUAUGAUGGUGAUGAUGCUGAUGAUGAAGGAAAAGAUCCCAGAGAGAGAAAGAUGGAUGCUAUAAGGAAGCAAGCUGCCAGAUUAAGGGAACAAGUUGCCAAGCAACAACAGACUAUACUUAGACAAUUGGGUCAACUUAGCAAUGAACCCCUCAUGGCCGAUGAAUCUGAACUUGAAUGUUACCAGAAACUUCAAAAAUUAUACACGUCUACAAAGACUGCUAAGCAUUUUCAGCGGCAUAUUGUUCGUGGUAUUGAAGGAUUCAUCUCUGUUAGUUCCAAGCAGAUGGAGAUAGUGAGGAAAUUGGCUAAGGACUGUUGUAAGUAUGGGACUGAAAAUAAGGAUCACGCUAGUAAUUAUCCCCUUGCAAGGGCUUCUCUUCAAUUCGGUAAUUCAUAUGAUUUAUUGGAAAAUGAGAGGGAGACUUUGCUUGGGAUCUUAUGUGAUCAGAUCUCUGAGCCACUGCGGGCACAAAUAACAGGAGCUCCUUUGGAAGAUGCACGCCACCUCACUCACAACUACGACAAACUUCGUCAAGAAGUAGAAGGCCAGGCUGCUGAAGUUUUGAGGCGUCGAUCGAAGUUGAGGGAUUCUUCUCUUUCUUCAGACAGUUCCAUGAGGCUUCAGAAUGCAGAGAAAAGGUUGAAAGAACUUAAAUCUGCCUUGGUGGCACUCGGUAGAGAAGCAACUUCUGCUAUGUUGUCAGUUGAAGAACAACAACAACAUAUAACUCUGCAGAGUCUUUCUACAUCGGUGGAUGCUGAGCGAGCCUAUCACCGGCAUGCCCUUGUGAUUCUAGAUAAACUAUAUGCUGAGAUGAUCAUGAUUGACGAGAGACAAACAAAAGAGCCCACAUCGUUUCCACUCCCAAAAGAUGGAUAUAAUCAACCCGCAGAUGAGAAACUUAAUUCAAAUGGCAUUGAUUAUAAACACGACACCCAAAUGGGCACAUACUUUUUUGCAAAGGUCAUCCAUACGUUUGACGCUCAAGCUGAAGGGGAGUUAAGUUUAUCAGUUGACGAUUAUGUUGUAAUACGUCAGGUUGCUGCGAAUGGAUGGUCUGAAGGAGAAUGCAAUGGCAACGCUGGAUGGUUUCCCUCUGCAUAUGUACAGAGACAGGACGUAGUACCAGCGAACAAGAUACCGGAGUAA